AGUGAGAGAGGAACUUUUGCUUGGCAGUAUCCAAACUGAGGAAGCUCAGAUGUAUUUUGAUGUCUGUGCUGUUUCAUUUGUGUCUGCUAGUAUAAGGAGACCCUGCAAAGGGGUAGAUUUUCUUCCUAGCUUACUAGCUGCAAAUGCUAGUUCUUUUUUCUUCUUUUUUGUUCUGAUGCUUUUCCAGCUUUACCAGCUAUGACAGAUGAACUAGUAUAUGCCAAUCUGAAAUUUGAAAACUGCUAUGAGCUGAAUAAUGUCCCAGAGCCUGAAGUUCCUAAGGAAAAAGGACUUCCCACUUCAUCCCACUCUUGGUGGCCAGUAGUCCUGAUUUUGAUCACAAUAUGCCUGGCAUUGCUGAUGGGGCUGAUGACUCUGGCAAUUUUAUUUUCCCAAGGUUCCAAGGAUUACAGGACACAGAUUAGAGACCUCAACGUGACAAAGAAUGAUCUGCAUGCAAAUUUCUCAAAAAUGCUGCAAGCAAUUGGAAAUCAGCUGUGCUUGGGAGGAAGAAAAGAUCUUCAAAAUAAUGAUCUAAACUGUGUGCUCUGCCCUGUAAACUGGAAGUGGCCAGGUGACGGUGAUCUGUGUUACUACCACUCUACUGAACAGAAGACAUGGCAACAGAGUAAUGGGUUUUGUUCCUCACAAAACUCUACUCUUCUGCUGGUAAAAGAUACAGCAAAGCUGGAACUGGUUAAAAAAAUUCCUAGAAAAACAUUCUGGCUUGGAUUAUCAUUUAGAGCUGAAAAGAAAGGCUGGUUCUGGGCAGACAACACAACUGUUACAGAAGAACAAAAGUCUUGGACAAAUAAUUUACAACUUCCCCACCCCUGCGGAUAUAUUUACAAUCGUGUCAUAUACAGCCAUCGAUGUGAUGAAAUUAAUUACUAUGUCUGUGAAAAGCCUGCCAUCCAAUUGCAGCGACGUAACAACAACCAGCAAGAGGAAUGGCUUGUCAGAUCAAGAGGAUUAUGAGAGUUUAGAAGACGUUCGACAAGGCUGAUUUUUUUUUUUCUAAUUUAUCACACGAGAAUUUAAAUAUGUUGGGUCAGGCCUAAUACAUUUUCCCAUUUUCAUUCUCUUUCAGACACAUGUAAAAAUGUCUUCACACUAAGGAAACACGUAUGGUGAUGGGCUCCAGGAGCAAUCCAUGCCUGUUGUUCCAGUUCCAAAAUGGCCAAACUAUUACUCCAUUUUAGCCAACAUCAGUGAUGGACAAAAUGGGCAAAAGUGGUUGCCCAAGAAAAAAAAAAAAAAGCACAGUAUCAAGGCAAACGUAUAAAGAUAUUGCUCCUACCACCAUCCACUGAUAACAGCCCUAAUACCACUUGUUGGUUCAUAACUGUGUAGUUGUAACAUAACACAAAUGAUGAAGAUUAAAUGCUUCCAUUCAGGACAUGCUUCUGAGGUCUUGUUGGUCUGACUGCUUUAAUACGCUACUGGGAUGGAAUAUACAACACACAAACAGUUAUUCUCAAAAGGUGGGCCAGGGUGUUCUUGAACAAUAUAAAUAAUGGUAACUCAUCAUUCACAUCUCUGUGGUAACAUUUCAUAGCCGUUCCUUUCAAUUUGUUUUGUACCUGUUCCUGUCUUUUGCAGUGAAAAUGCAGAUCUUCUGCCCAGUGACUUCCCAGAGUGUCUCUUGGUGUUUAUAUUAGAUAUAUGAGAAAUCUGACAUGGAAGGUGUCCUGAGCAUGCCACAUCCUCUCUUGCUAAUGAAGGGCCUUUUGCCAUAAAUAAUUCACCACAAAUAAAUAAAUAAACAAAUAAGUCUGAUCUUGUUUUCUCUAACAACAGAGUUACUGCAAGGUAACAGAAAAGAUGUUUCUAGGAUGUUUCUUCAUUUGUGAGAUAGGCCUAAGAGCAGACGGGUGAAUCCUGUUUUUUUUUGAAAGUUUGUUGAAGACAGACAUGAGCUGAGAUUGACAGCUGUCCACACAAUAGGAAGCCACAAGGCUACAUCGUACCUUUCUGUGGCCUUGGUCUUUCAGGUGACCUUACUUCUUGUCCAAAACCACUCUGUGGUGCAGGAAAUAUAUCUGUUACUGCAAAGGCAGCUGGGAUUAGAGUAGUUUCACAGUGCACUGUGCUACUAAAACAGAAGCAGCUAGCUUUUUCUUCUCAAAAAACAAUAACUAAAACACUCAAACAAUCAACAAACAAACAAAAACAC